AUGGAGGGUGGAGGAUUCAUAGGUUCUAACUCCGUCACAAACACUACAGGAGGAAUAAACAGCACCGGUGACUACAGCAGAGUCAGCCACAAGACUGCAGGCUUCACCCCCACCAGCAGCUGCAUCGCCAUCACUUUUACCGAUAAUAACGCUACAUCACAUCUACCGCAGUCAGCCAUUCAGGUUAUAACACCUACAGUCCCAGUGAGGUUGGGGGUCCCCAGACAGAGGAGGUGGUCAGUCAGGGGGAGUUUCUCCCACUCUCGCUCCCUCUCCCUGCACCCAGCUCAGCAUGCCCCAGCCCCUGAGCUCCUCCACAGCUCUCUCAGCUCCACUACCAUGUGUAGAUGGACAGUGACACAAGGUGCACCGGUCGCCUGGUUCUCCACCUGCCCCUGCUACAGACCUCCUUCACUCAUCCUCUCUGUCACUUUCCUUCUCCUGCUUCUCCUGCUCGGACCCUCCUCAUCAUCGCCCCUGUCCGCUUUAUCACCAGACUCUGAAAAGCACCACAAUGCACUGCGAGGGACUCCUCCUCACAUCUUCAUCUCAUCACCGGCACCGCUGCACGCAUCCUCUGCUAGGUUGCCACGGGCGACCAAUGUGUCAUCGUCCUCAGCGACGGUCGUCGGGCGCCACGUGCGGAGCAGCUACAACCAUCUACAAGGAGAUGUGCGCAGAAGGAAACUGUUCUCCUACCAGAAAUUCUUCCUUCGCAUUGACAAGAAAGGAAAAGUUAAUGGCACCAAAAGUGAGGAUGAUCCAUACAGUAUGUUGGAGAUCAAGUCAGUGGAUGUGGGAGUCGUGGCCAUCAGGGGCCUCAGCAGUAACUACUACCUGGCAAUCAGCAAGAAGGGAGAGCUAUACGGAGCGAGGGACUUUGGUCCGGACUGCCGUCUGAUUGAACGCAUCGAAGAGAACAAGUACAACACCUACGCUUCUGCAGAGUGGCGCAACAAGAAGAAGCACAUGUUUGUGGGACUGAAUGCCAAUGGCAAGCCAAUGAGGGGUAAGAAGACAAGGAGGAAAAACACUGCCACUCACUUCCUGCCCAUUGUGGUACAACCACGAUGAUUGGACAUAUCAGCCAUGAGAGAGCUCUGCACACUGCAGGCUAUCUGACUUUUUUUGAGUAACAGCAAUGGUUACAUUGGACAGAUCUGAAUCAGAUCUGAAUGAUGCACUGAGGAGGAACAGAAUGGAAACCUAUGGACAUUUUGUUGCAUAAAGACAUUUCUAUUUUUAAAGAAAGAAAUAAGAUAUAUUGCUAUACAAUGUAUAUACUAUUUUCUGUUUUAAGUUAUCAAGUACAUUGGCACAGUAGAAGAUAUGAAAAUAAAUGACUUCUGUGCCAAAAUGUGAUUAGUAACUCACAUUUCUAGAUUUGUGUACAUGUGAAGAGCUUGACUGGGAAGAAAUAAAAAAUGACAAAAUAUGUAAGAGGAAAAGACAAAGACAAGAAGAGGAGGUAUAGACAGAAAGCUGCAUAAUAGAAAAGGAGAAGACAAGAAACGCAGACCAUGAAAAGGAUGAGAAAGAAGCACCAACACAAUAGCAAGUCUAACACGAUCAUGUUUUAUUCUUUAAAUUUAUUUAUUUUGUGUAAUAUUUAACAAAAAAAGAACAAAAACACAAAAAGGACAAAUUCUUGUCUUUUUUACCAUUUAUGCUUUUUUUUGGAAUACUAAUCAUUUAAACCUGAAUAAAUAUAAAAAUAUAUUUGUCUUUAA